GGUAACAUGUGGGGAGUGUUUCCAUGAUGAUGGCAAACAUCCUGGAUCAAAAAAAAAGAAGAAGAAAAAAAAAAAAAGAGAAAAACUACCGGCAACACCCUUCUCUGUAACUUUUCCCACUCUCGGACUUGGAAGUAUCAGCCGAGGUUCUCACCAGACCUUAACACGCAUCCCAACAUGUCGGAGUCAGCUGAAGCUGUAGCGGCCGAUGUGACCAGCAAGAGAAGUGUUACUAUUGAAAUCGGGAAUGUCACCAGCAACUAUUGCCUCAUCAACCCCAAGGUGUACCUUGAGAACGGGGAGACGUACAACCCUCCUCAGCCCACAGUGCGCCCCCUGAAGACGGAGGUCUGCACUUUCUCCAAGUCCGGCGGCAAAGCGACCGGCAGCAUCGGUGUGCUGACCUACGACCUCUUCGAGAGGUCGCAGAAUGACUACAUUGAGACUCUGGCCAUCAUGUUCUCGGUGCCGUGGGACUACAACCUGUACAAGAACUGGUUCGCGGUGGGCGUCUACAAGAAGGGCCGCAACUGCGACAAGGAUCUGUACAAAGAGAUGUACUACGAGAAGAAGCAGCAGGAGCACGGGUUUGCUAGGGAGGAGGCCGUUGGCUCAGGAAUCAAUUAUGUGGGCAGCUACUUAGAUAUCAAGGCCACAAUGAGUCCCCUGGGCAAUGCCAUCAUGAAGGUGGAGGUGUGGGAUAAGCUUUUCACACCCAUGGGCCAGCAAGCUCACUAGAGGGUCUUCUUGUCACGACAUCCAGCGGCAGAAUUUGUCGUUCCACCUGAAGUAGACAACGUGCCUGAUUUAUCAGAUGUAUUGCUGCUGACAUGUGUCUGUGUGCCUGGGUAUUACCCCCCUCCCCCCUCCCCCCACACCCUCUCAUCCAUGAGGCAAUAACCACAUUCUAUAGUCAAAGCCUCUGUCUGUUUUCAUAGCAUCCGAUUUUAAAAUGGCAUCUUUAGAAAUGAGGAUGAAAGGAUGACUCAAGGGCAGAUAGCUUUAUAAAACACACCGAGAGCUGUUCUGUAUUUUACCGUGACACUGCAGUGCAAGAAAUAAACCUUUUUGUUGAAACUA